AGAUGCCUACACGUGCUCUGAGUGCGGGAAAAGCCGGGCGGAGCUCUGACCGUAUCAGACAUGAGACAAUCCACACAGGGGAGACGCCCUACACGUGCUCUGACUGCGGGAAAAGCUUCAAUCAGAGCUCAAACCUUAUCAGACAUCAGAGAAUCCACACAGGGGAGACGCCCUACACGUGCUCUGAGUGCGGGAGAAGCUUCGGGCGGAGCUCUAACCUUAUCACACAUCAGAGAAUCCACACAGGGGAGAUGCCCUACACGUGCUCUGAGUGCGGGAAAAGCUUCGGGUGGAGCUCUGACCUUAUCAGACAUGAGAGAAUCCACACAGGGGAGAUGCCCUACAAGUGCUCUGAGUGCGGGAAAAGCUUCGGGCGGAGCUCUAACCUUAUCACACAUCAGAGAAUCCACACAGGGGAGACGCCCUACAAGUGCUCUGAGUGCGGGAAAAGCUUCAGGUGGCGCUCUCACCUUAUCACACAUCAGAGAAUCCACACAGGGGAGCUGCCCUACACGUGUUCUGAGUGCGGGAAAAGCUUCAGUCAGCGCACAAGCCUUAUGAGACAUCACAAAAUCCACAUGAGAGAGAAUUGUUAUAAAUGCAGGGAGUGUGGAAAAACCUUCUCUUACAGCUCAGGCCUUUCUGUACAUCAGAGAAUCCACACAGGGGACAGGCCCUAUGAAUGCCGUGAGUGUGGGAAAACCUUCAAUCGCAGUUCGCACCUUAUUAGUCAUCAAACAAUCCACAGAGGAGAGAGGCCCUAUGAAUGCCGUGAGUGUGGGAAAUGCUUCACUAGCAGCUCAAACCUUAGCCGCGACAGAAUCCACUUGGAAGGGAGACGCUACACAUGCCAUGAGUGUGGGAAAAGCUUCAAUCGGAGCUCAGACCUUCUUGUACAUUGUAGAAUCCACACAGGAGAGAUGCCCUACACAUGCUCUGAGUGCGGGAAAAGCUUUAAGCACAGCUCUACCCUGAGCAGACAUCGGAGAAUCCACAUGGGUGAGAAACCUUAUGGAUGCUCUCAGUGCGGGAAAAGCUUCAGUCGGCAUUCAAACCUUAUCACACAUCGUAGAACCCACACAGGAGAAAGGCCCUACACAUGCGCUGAGUGCGGGAAAAGCUUCAGUCGGCAUUCAAACCUUAUCACACAUCGUAGAACCCACACAGGAGAGACGCCCUACACAUGCGCUGAGUGCGGGAAAAACUUUAAGCACAGCUCUACCCUGAGCAGACAUCGGAGAAUCCACAUGGGUGAGAAACCUUAUGGAUGCUCUGAGUGUGGGAAAAGCUUCGGUCAGCGUUCACAUCUUAUCUCACAUCAGAGACUCCAUUCAGGAGAGACGCCCUACACAUGCUCUGAGUGCGGGAAAAGCUUCAGUCAGCGUUCGCAUCUUAUCUCACAUCAGAGACUCCAUUCAGGAGAGACGCCCUACACGUGCUCUGAAUGCGGGAAAAGCUUCAAUCGGAGCUCAGACCUUCUUGUACAUUGUAGAAUCCACACAGGAGAGAUGCCCUACACGUGCUCUGAAUGCGGGAAAAGCUUCAAUCGGAGCUCAGACCUUGUUGUACAUUGUAGAAUCCACACAGGGGAGAUGCCCUACACGUGCUCUGAGUGCGGGAAAAGCUUUAAGCACAGCUCUACCCUGAUCAGACAUCGGAAAAUCCAUAUGGGUGAGAAACCUUAUGGAUGCUCUGAGUGUGGGAAAAGCUUCAGUCAGCGUUCACAUCUUAUCUCACAUCAGAGACUCCAUACAGGAGAGACGCCCUACACGUGCUCUGAGUGCUUCAAUCAGAGCUCUACCCUGAGCGCACACAGCAGAAUCCACACAGGUGAGAAACCUUAUGGAUGCAGGGAGUGUGGAAAAACCUUCUCUCACAGCUCAGCCCUUUCUGUACAUCAGAGAAUCCACACAGGGGACAGGCCCUAUGAAUGCAGUGAGUGUGGGAAAACCUUCAAUCACAGUUCACACCUUAUUAGGCAUCAAACAAUCCACAGAGGAGAGAGGCCCUAUGAAUGCCGUGAGUGUGGGAAAUGCUUCACUAGCAGCUCAAACCUUUCUCAACAUCAGAGAAUCCACACAGUGGAGAGGCCCUUUGAAUGCCGUGAGUGUGGGAAAUGCUUCAAUCGCAGUUCGCACCUUAUUAGGCAUCAGAGAAUCCACACAGGGGACAGGCCCUAUGAAUGCCGUGAUUGUGGGAAAUGCUUCACUAGCAGCUCAAACCUUUCUAAACAUCAGAGAAUCCACACAGGGGAGAGGCCCUUUGAAUGCCGUGAGUGUGGGAAAACCUUCACUAGCAGCUCAGACCUCUCUAAACAUCAGAGAAUCCACACAGGGGAGAGGCCCUACGAAUGCCGUGAGUGUGGGAAAUGCUUCACUAGCAGCUCAAACCUUUCUCAACAUCAGAGAAUCCACAGAGGGGAGAGGCCCUAUGAAUGCCGUGAGUGUGGGAAAUGCUUCACUAACAGCUCAAACCUUUCUCAACAUCAGAGAAUCCACACAGGGGAGAGGCUCUAUGAAUGCAAUGAGUGUGGGAAAAGCUUCACUCAAAGAAUAGACCUUUCUCGACAUCAGAGAAUUCACACAGGGGAGAGGCCUUUUGAAUGCCCUGAGUGUGGGAAAAGCUUCACUCAAAGAUCAGACCUUUCUAAACAUCAGAGAAUCCACACAGGGGAGAGGCCCUUUGAAUGCCAUGAGUGUGGGAAAUGCUUCACUAGCAGCUCAGCCCUUUCUAGACAUCAGAGAAUCCACACAGGGGACAGGCCCUAUGAAUGCACUGAGUGUGGGAAAACCUUCAAUCGC